AGAUGUGUUUUUCUCGCUCGCUUCCCUCUGAAUCGUCACUUCCGUCUCCUCCUUAGCGAAGCAAGAUGGCGGCCGUCGUGGAGAGAGUGGAUGGAUGUGUUGGAUCCUUGGACUCAGACGCGGUGUCGCCGUCCAGCCCUCCGCCGGACCAGCCGCACCAGAACAACCCGCUGCUGGCGCUGCCCAUCGUGGCCAUCGAGGCCAUUCUCAACUUCAUGUCUUACGACGAGAUCAGCCUGCUGCGCUCCGUGUGUAAGCGGAUGGACACGAUCUGCCAGCGUGUCCUGAAUCAGGGCUUCCUGAAGGUGGAGCGUUACCACAGUCUGUGCCAGAGACAAGUCAAAGCCCAGCUGCCCAGGCGAGAGUCGGAGAGGAGAAACCAUUCACUGGCCCGUCACGCCGACAUCCUGGCUGCCGUGGAAACACGCCUCUCUCUGCUCAACAUGACCUUCAUGAAAUACGUCGACUCCAACCUCUGCUGCUUCAUCCCUGGAAAGGUGAUAGAUGAGAUCUACCGUGUGCUGCGGUAUGUGAACUCCACCCGAGCCCCACAGCGAGCUCACGAGGUCCUCCAGGAGUUGAGGGAUAUCUCCUCCAUGGCCAUGGAGUACUUCGAUGAGAAGAUCGUCCCCAUCCUGAAGAAGAAGCUGCCUGGGGCUGACCUGUCCGGCCGCCUCAUUGGCUCCACACCAGUGGCAGGCCCAUCUACCUCCCUGACCACCAUGUCCCUGUUGGCCAAGAACACGCCGUCGCGCUCAGAGAUGACCAAGGUGCAGCAGCAGGUGAAGGUGAACGGGGCGUCGAUGACGGUGCUGCGGAGGGAGAUGCAGGAAAUCCGGGUCAAGCAGCUGGAGCAGCAGAAGCAGCUGCAGGACCAGGAGCAGAAGCUGCUUGAACAGACCCAGGUGAUCGGUGAGCAGAACGCCCGCCUCGCCGAGCUGGAACACAAGCUCCGCGAGCUGAUGGACAGCAGCACCGCUGCUAUGGGAGGAGCCAGGCCCAGCGCAGCCGCCCCCUCCACGUCCAGCAGGGCCGCCGUGUCUUCCACCGUUGGCGCCGGCGCAUCAGGCACUGUGUCGGCGAGUGGCAGCGUGGCGGCGGCCUCCCUAUCCAGAGAGCCGGAGGGUGAGGGGGUGUCGCUCAAACGCACCAGAAAGAGCUCAGACCUUCCGCGACAGUCCAAACGGCUGCGCAGCAAGAAAUAAGAGACUCAGUGUGUCAUUUAGUUGAAGCUUUCUCCUUUUGGUUUCCAGGUCCGACUGAUCACAUCUUCUCCCCCAAUCCCCUGAGUCCUCCCCAACCCUACCAACACUCAUCACCUGUACUGUCUGUGAGAUGACGAGUACCUUCCCCCAACCCCCACUAAAUCAGAAUAUAGGCAGGUGGCCGCCCUGUGCGAGACUAUUUAUUGAAGGUUACAUUAAAAUGACUGUAAUGCUUUUUUAAUGUAAAAGCUUUUCUAGGAGGCUUGUAUGCUUUCAAAAACAUUAGUUUGUCUAAACAGAAAUUCAGAUGGAAGGUAAAUUUGGUUAACAGAAGUCAGGUGUUACGAUCUAUUAAUGCAGUUCCUGUUUCUAAAAAAAAAAGAGAGAUUUAAUUUCAGAAACGUACAUGAUUAAAAGAAUGUCACAGUAAAAAUACAGAGUCAUGAAAGUCCAGACAUGGCACAUCAAGUUAGAACCCAAUAAUACACCUAACUGAAGUUGCAUGUUAUGGGUAACCAGUGAUCUCCUUUCCAUUUUUCACAUGGGUAGGAUAUCUAAAUCCAGCGAGCAUUCAUUUCAUUCACACUCGCUUCUUCUUACUCUGGUUAAGUGCAAUAAAAGUCAUCUGGAAAGUAAGACGUAAUUCAUAUUCCUUGCCAGUAGCACGGGUGGUCUGGUCAAUCCGACUGGUUUGUGAAUCAGCUCACAAAGGAGGGAUGGGGUCCUUAAAGAUGGAAGAGGAAGUAAAAGUGUUGACUCUUGUGAAAACCACCCAUAAUGUAAAGGUUUCCAGUGAGAGCAGACCCCAGCUCUGUGGUGUUCAUGCUUCUCUGUUACUGUGUGUGCUGUGACACUAAAGAACUGCUCUCCACUGUCCUUCAGGAUCGUACCAGUGUUCUCACACAUUUCCGCCCAUUUAAUACCAAUAAUGCACAGCUCAGUACAGCUAAACAUUUGAUUAAUUACAACGCUUACAGUACCUUCAAUGUGUUGUUACUUCUUUCUAGACAGCCGUUUGUUUCCAUUAUUUUCACUGCAGAGACGUGCACUUCAUGACUUGCCUUAGUUAUCAACUGAUAAACAGAAAACAUGGCAGCUGUUGCUGGAAACGUUCAAAUUUCUCCUCUCUGCCGAUCAGGUGAUCAAGAUCAGAGAAAUGGUCCACCUACUAGCUUUUUCCAGAGCCACAUCCCCUAAGUCCCUACAAUUGGAAAUACUAGUUUAUAUUUAAGAUUAUUUUGCUAAAUUGUAAAUAGUUUGACGAUUCUUUUUAAAAACCCAAAGUCACUUACAAGCUUCUUUUUGACACUUUCAACGAUAUUCAAUUUAUUUUGUAAAGCCCAAAAUCACACAUUUGCCUCAGGGGGCUUAUCUCACUGUCUUCUUACAGUAUGUAUAUGAUAUGACAAACUUAGCUGCUAAUGAAGACCUUGAGAUGCUGUUGGAAGCUCUCAAAGUAAACUAGUAUGUCAACCUUUUUAUUUAUAUUUUUUCCAUCAAACUUCUACUUUCUCAAGAUCUACCUCCUAGGUUUCUUUCAGACUUUUUUUAGCCUCAUCUCACAGCCUUCAGUGGAGUUUGUAUCCACGGUUUGUAGAGACUGUGGCUGUGUUCAAAAUCACAUACUACUAGUACUAGAAGUACUACAUUCUGUCUUUAAAUGGACAAUUAAGUCAUUACCAGCAACAGUUCACACUAAAGUACACCCAUGUCUUCUCUGUCUCAUGUGACUGUAUGUGACACAUGUGGUCAUGUGAUCGAUUAGAUCGUUCAUGGGACCGUUCAUGGGACUGUAUCAAUCACUACCUUACCUGUCCGGCUUACUGUCGAAUGAAACUUGUCUAUCACAAAUGUAAAUCAACAUGACAUCUUUUACUCAUUUCAAAAUUGUACAGUUUUAUUCUUGGGCAAAAAGGAUUAAAUAUUUUAGUGUAGGAAAAUGUUUUCUACAGUACAUAUACCUUAACGUCACUCGCCAUCAUUCCUUAUUAUUUUAUCCAAUGUUAAUUAUGUAAACCGUCUGACUCUCUAUCCGCCAUUGGACAGUUUGAAGAGCAGCAAUGCUUUUUGGGACGGCUGACUAUGUCCAAUAAACUCGUGUCACACUCAGAUAUUCUUGAUAAUCUCGUAUACAUCCACGCAUUUCUCAUGUACACUAAAUUCACUGCUAGACUCAGACACUCGGGUUACCGUUGUCCCCUCUAAUUAUUUGUAGUAAAUAGGUGGAAACAGAAAACACUUGUAUGGUCCUUAAAAGUCAACUAUAAAAGUACCCAGUGUAUGUACUGGCAUUUAAAGGCUGCGAUCACCUAAAUGACAUAUUUGCUCACUUCCUCUCUAGUAACAUUCAGAUUGUUUUCUGUUUUUCUCAUCCAUCCAUGGACAUGUCUGUUUCUGAGACUUCUGCCUCCAGCCAGAAACAAGGGACCGACAUGGGGUUGAACCCAACUGCAUGGUUAGAUGUCACCAGAGGGAAGUGAGGAAAUCAGUUUCCGACCCUUGAGUUGUUGUCAUCUUUAAAUGCUGUAACACCAAGUUUGAAAUUGAAAUCUAAAAUCAGCCCGUUGCCAUGGGAGUAAGGGAGAACUUAGAACACUAGAACUUGUGACUGGUGUGCAGUGACCGUAGAGGGGUGCAUUUGUGCUCCACAGAAUGGGUCAGAGUAAGUUCCCCCACCUGUCGCUGCUCUUCCCCUCCUGUAUGAACCCGGCUAGGUUUAGUAUUCUUAGUUUAAAGCUCUUCAGUUGUUCGGAUGACCUAAAACCACUGGUGAGCAUUAACUUUUGGUAAAGAAACCGUGGAGAUGCAGUUCACAUCUUGGUGAACACUAGCACUCAUUCUAAUGACACUGGGCCAGAAAAACACAAGAAGAUGUAAACUAGUGGCUUAAUUUGAGACUGCGUCUCAGUUUAGAAAACUGUACUGUAAUCUCCAUGUACUUUAAAGUGUAGAUUGUGAAAUAUUCUGUAUGUGUAUACCAAGAAAACUAUCUUUUGAGUUGGCCAACUUGGGGCUAACUGUCUGGUUUGUUGCACUCAUUGCUGGUAAAAAAAAUGUACAAAUGAAACCUAUUAAAAACUCAACUUAUC